AAGGUGUUAGGGACCAUGAACGCAGCAAACGUGAUUGCCGAAGACCUCGCGAGAAUUGGUCCGGGAAAUGACGGGACUUCCAUCAUGGCCGGCAGUAAGUUGGUGUUGGAAGGCAGAGUUAGUAUUAAAGCGUUUAUUUUAGGGCUCAGCGUCCUUUUAAUCCCGCUCAUCAGAACCUGGUUCGGACAUCUCGACUGGGUCUUCGACUAUCUGACGGAAACUCCAGGGAAAGUGGUUAUUUGUCUUCACGUAGCUGUAGUUAACGGCCUGCUGCUGCUCAUUUACAGAGGACCCAUUUACAAGGUGGCGGUGAGAGCCUGUUUCCUGGGAGUCACUUUUGGAUGUGGAUUAAUGAUCAGCUUCUCUGAAACCACCUGGACACAUUUUGGGUGGUACAUGUGCUCUCUGUCGUUCUUCCAUUACUCCGAGUACCUGGUGACGGCCAUCAUCAACCCCCGCAGCCUGUCGCUGGACUCCUUCCUGCUGAACCACAGCGUGGAGUACACGCUGGCCGCCAUCUCGUCGUGGCUGGAGUUCACCGUGGAGAAGCUCACGGUUCCAGAGCUGAAGCAGCUGAGCUGGAUCAGCAUGGCCGGGCUGGUCAUGGUGCUGUGUGGCGAGGCGCUGCGGAAGGCGGCCAUGUUGACUGCCGGAUCCAACUUCAACCACAUAGUCCAGAACGAGAAGGCCCAGAGCCACGUUCUGGUCACCAGCGGGGUCUACGCCUACUUCAGACACCCGUCCUACGUGGGCUGGUUCUACUGGAGCAUCGGAACUCAGGUUUUGCUGUGUAACCCGGUCUGUAUUCUGGGCUACACGAUAGCCAGCUGGAGGUUCUUCAGGGAGCGGAUCGAGGAGGAGGAGCUGUCGCUGAUCCACUUUUUUGCCGAGGAUUAUGUGGAGUACAAGAGGAAGGUUCCCACCGGGUUGCCCUUCAUCUCCGGCAUCCGUGUCAACUAGUCCGGGAGCUGGACCGGGACCUAGUGACUCUAAGCACCAAAGCAGGUCAGCCCCAGUGGGUGUGUGCAGUCUGCUGUAGCGGCAGCGCCCUCUGGAGGUGAGAGCCUGCAGCUCCGACAGACGCUCGGCGGCAGCUGGACUGCUGAUUUUCUACCAACUUCCUGUUCCUCGUCUCACCUGUUCCUGUCUGCACGUUCAUCCGUUUCACUCACCUGUUUAAGACACGAUGCUGCACCCGGAGUUGGCCGAAGAGCUGGGAAAAGUUCAGGAAAUUUUCACUAAACUAAAAAAUUCCAAGGUUCCUGAAAACGUCCUCCUGAACAGCCUUGGUUCAGGGAAGUAGUUUACAUCCUCUAGGAUUGAUGUGCUAACGGCUAGUGAAAGAUGAGUAACUUUUCUACAGAACCUUCUGCUGAAACUCCUCUGAGGUGUUUAAACAGAGCUUGAUUUAUUUUUACAUUAAAGUUUAUUGGAUCGUU